AUUGCAAAAAUUCAAAAGGAAUGACAAAUUGUAAGAGAUCUAAGGCUUCACAAUGAAGACCAUGGGGCAAAUUUUUUUUACAUCUGGCUACCUUGUGCUAUGGCAUGGCCAGGGGCGGACUGACCAUUUGGAAACACGGGCACUGCCUGAGGGCCCGGGGUCAGUAGGGGGCCCCAUGAGAUGCCCCUGGUACCUUUUUCAUAGGCUUUUUUGAGUUUGGGCAAGGACACAGGGGCCCUUUGAUCCCCUAUUGCCCGGGGGCCCCAUGAGUUGUCAGUCC